CCUCCAGUUUUGCAACUUCCAAGUUGAGCACCCUCGCCGCCCUCGCUCCGAGUUAAACCCCCGUUCGUCCUUGCCCUCUUCCGUUGGUAUCCCUUGUACGUUUCCAUCCUCUCCUCCUCCCGCGAGUCAAACCAGAAGCCGCACCCAAACGCUCCGCCUCCUCCACUGUGAAGUGUCGCCUCUCCUCCAAUUCCAAAACCACAGGCCGCUUCUCCCUCUUCUCCCCCCUUCUCAUCUCCUCUCGCGGGUCGUAGCCGCAUACCCGAGGCAUAAGAGGGGGCAGCCCGAGGAGAGGGGUAGCCGGGUUGGUUUGGGGCUUUGGGCUUGGGAGGAGGGCGUACGUUUUCGCCGGGCGGCAAUGGAGGGCGUGUGGAGGAAGGCCAUGACGGCGCUGCGCCUCCGUCUCUGCGUCCACGUCCCCGCCGAGGGCGAGGGUGGUGCCACGGGCGAGCGGCUGCCGGCGUCGGGCGCGGGCGGCUGUCCGACGGAGGCGGCCGUGGCGGCGGUUGGGUCGGCGCCGGACGAGACGGUGUCCGGUGCGGUCCGGGUGUCCAGGUCCGGAAGCAGGUCCUCUUCCAAGGGGAAAUGUGCAAUAUGCUUUGAUUCUAUGAGAUCUGGCCAUGGUCAUGCCUUGUUCACUGCAGAAUGUUCUCAUAUGUUCCAUUUUCACUGCAUCUCAUCUAAUGUGAAACAUGGAAAUCAUGUCUGCCCAGUCUGUAGGGCAAAGUGGAAAGAGAUACCCUUGAAUCGCUCACUAUCUUCUAGACUUGGAAUUAAUCAAGUUCAGUUGCCCCAGCAAGAUGCCUAUGUGGCUCUUCUUCACCAAGCUCCAAACCGCCAGCAAGGAGUUCGGCGCUUACAUAGUCCUUUGGAGCCAGCAAACUUCAACGACGAUGAACCAUUGCAGCAGACAGAAGCUUCUGAUAAUCUUAAUUUUCGGUCUACUAGGACGGCAGUGGUCAGCAUGUAUCCAGAAUUCUCAGCCAUCCCUCAGUCAUCAUCUCAAGAUGGAUUUUCUAUUCUAAUCCAUCUGAAAGCCCCCAGUGCUAAUUCAGACCAGGACACAUGCGGACCAAUCAAUGAAAGCUCAGUUAGAUCUCCAAGAUGCCGCGCCCCCGUUGAUCUUGUCACUGUGAUUGAUGUUAGUGGCAGUAUGGCAGGCACCAAGCUAGCACUCCUAAAGAGGGCUAUGGGUUUUGUUGUUCAACACCUUGGGCCAUCCGAUCGCCUUUCCGUAAUUGCUUUCUCAUCUAGUGCCCGGAGGCUGUUCCAUCUUCAACGAAUGUCACAUUAUGGCAGGCUGCAGGCCUUGCAGGCUAUUAACUCACUUGGUGCUGGUGGUGGUACAAAUAUUGCUGAUGGACUGAAGAAAGCUACUAAGGUGAUUGAGGAUCGCAGUUAUAAGAAUUCAGUGUGUAGUAUCAUUCUUCUGUCUGAUGGGCAAGAUACCUACAGUGUUUCCUCAAAUGUUCAAGGAGGCUCGACAGAUUACCGGUCACUUAUUCCGCCAUCUAUUCUUAAUGAUACACAACGCAUGUUGCCUAUCCAUGCUUUUGGAUUUGGAUCAGAUCAUGAUUCAGAUUCCAUGCAUUCAAUUGCUGAAGCUUCUGGUGGCACGUUUUCCUUCAUCGAAGAUGAGGGUGUGAUGCAAGAUGCGUUUGCUCAAUGUAUCGGUGGGCUUCUUAGUGUUGUCGCACAGGAGAUGCGACUUAGCAUGGAAUGUGUUCAUCCUGGUGUUCAACUCAGUUCCAUCAGAUCCGGUAGCUACCCAAGGAAGGUGGCAAGAGAUGGACGGAGCUGUUUAGUUGAUAUUGGUCAACUGUAUGCUGACGAGGAGAGAGACAUUUUGCUGUCUGUGAACAUCCCACAAUCUCGUGAACAGACCUCGCUGUUAAAGGUUGCUUGUUCCUACAGGGAUCUAGUGACAAAUGAGACCAUCAAUAUUCAAGGUGAGGAGGUGAAGAUCAACAGGCUGACAUCCACCAUAUCUGAACCUGUAUCCAUUGAGGUUGACCGCGAGAGGAACCGUGUACAAGCCGCGGAUUCUAUUGAAUCUGCACGAUGUGCCGCGGAGAGUGGUGCUCUCUCUGAGGCUGUGACCAUACUUCAAGACUGCCGCAGGAGAUUGUCGGAGUCCUCUGCCAGCAAGAGUGGGGACCGCCUGUCCAUCGCCCUUGAUGCAGAACUGAGGGAGAUGCAGGAGAGGAUGGCAAGCCGCCAACUCUAUGAGGCUUCAGGGAGGGCGUAUAUGCUGUCUGGACUGAGUUCACAUUCCUGGCAGAGAGCAACGACACGUGGAGACUCAACAGACAGCAGCACUAUUGUUCAUUCCUAUCAGACACCAUACAUGCUUCAGAUGUUAGAGCAUUCCCAGAAUCAUAUCCCUUUGCCUGCGGGACAACGGCCACAAGUGCCAACCAGGUCAUCGGCAAGAUAGUCAACCCCCACCUUGUCCUUGGCGACCAGAUGCUCCGACGAUGAAGGAUUCGUCUUAAGCUUUGGUAGUUCUUAGACUGAUUGUUGGCGCAUAGCACCUAUUCUUCUGCUUAUUUGACUAUUUGAGUCGUAGUGGGUUUAUACCAAAGAAACGGCCGGGUACAUUGGGGUGUUAAGAGUCUGUAAUUGUAGAAAGUCUGGUAUCCAUUUUUUAACUUCUAUCCUAAAUUCUUCAAUUGAUCUUUGGUGAUGUCUUAUGUGGUGUAA